AUGAUCAAAAACGAAGAAGAGCCAGAACAACGCGAACAUUCAAUUGUCAAUGUGCCCCCCGACAGACAGACUAUUGUACAUAUCCGACGUAUCAAGCCUCUUGGUUUGGAAGCUAAAACCGAUGACGCCCGAAUAAAGCAUCUUCUCGAAAAAUUGAUCUCGGUUUAUGAAACGCGAUGGCGAUCAGACGAGAUUCAGAGUUCUCUGAUCUUAAAUGCUUGUCAACAGGUCAGGCUGCAUGGUCUUUCGCUCGACAUCAAAUGGGUUAACUUUAAUAAGGAAUGGAACGACUCCCCCGACGGCCACUUUUACGCGUACGGGCGCAAUAAGAAGAUGAACAUCCGGAAAAUGCUCGAAUCGGCGGCGAAGCAUGAGAACGAUCUAGCCGCCUAUCGUGCAUAUCUAGAGGGCUUCAA